GUGACCGUUAUACAGGGUGGUCUGCCUGUGAUAGACCCUAUCUCCUUUCUAUGGCUCAACCCCACUGCAGAAUAUACACUGCACGUUAUCUAAGCGCACUCCCUGCACUGAGCCGCUCCAGGGCACCAAACUUUUCAUAUCAUUCGAAGCUUAAUACCACCUUAGCAAAUUACCUCAACAAGGCCUAUUCUCUUAUUUCUAAAACAACUUAUGACGGUCCCAGCGCCUUUUCUCCCCGUGAGUAAUUCGCGCGUGCCUAUUGGCUCGAUACCGCACGCGGGUCUGAGUCAACCCAAUUUCCCGCACGUGACAUGCAUUAAUUAUUGAGCCACCCAGGAUUUUUCACUGGACAG